UUUUUAUUUCCAAAAUAGAAUUAAUUACUACCAUGUUUUGGCAGUACCAGACUUCAAACAUGACAUUAUUUUCCAAACUUGACAGUAAUUACUUUUAUUUUGGGAAUAUAAAACAUGACAGUCCUAUUUUGGAAUUUUCAAACGAACUGUUUUAGUUCUAUUUUGGGAACUUUCCCUUACAUUAUACAUUAUACAUACAUGAUAUUCCAGUGUUCAAAACUUAAAAUAUCAUAUAAAUAUACAUGUGCAAACAUCAAAUUUAAACAUAAAAAAUGGCUGGAUGUCUUUGGAAAUGCGUCUGCAGAAUCUUUAGAGGGAGCUCCUAAUGAUCACCUUGCUCUAUUUAUUAAGUUAGUUCCAACUCCUAGAGUGAAUCAAAGGCAAAAAUUCAAAUUCAAAAAUGUAUGGCUCAGAGAGGAUGAUUGCCGCGACAUUGUGGCGAGAAGUUGGGGUUUAGGCCGAGAUGGUGGCAUCCUGAGACAAGUGACAGUUUGCGGUAAAGCAGUAGGGGAUUGGGGUCGAGAUCGGAUUGGCUCCUUCGGCAAACACAUUGGAUUCUGUAAAAAAAGAUUGGAUUUUUUACGAAGAAGAUCAGAUGAUUGGGGGUUAAUCGAGUUCCAAAGGGUGAGGAGGGAGUACUUGGACCUUCUGGAGAAAGAAAAUCAGUUCUGGAGACACCGAGCGAAGGAAUUCUGGCUCUAGGGAAGCGACCUUAAUACUCAUUUUAUUCAUAACUCGGUCAAACAUCCGAGGAGGAAAAAUAGGAUCGAAGGAUUUAAAGUAGAUGGAGGGAGAUGGGAAAGGGAUCGUGGUGUCAUUGGGCAAAUUGGUGAUUAUUUCACAAAUAUUUUUGCUUUGGUUCAAGGUGACAGAGAGUUUAUCUUUAAUUGUGUUCCAAGAAGUCUGGAUGAUCAUCAUAAUUUUGAGCUGUUACGACCCAUUAGGAGAGAGGAGGUUAAAGAUGCUCUUUUCUCUAUGUUUCCUGAUAAAUCUUGUUGGGCCCAAUGGACUAACACGCAUUAGUAACUUGGAAGAUGGAUUGACCCGUCAUUGUAUUAUUCAAAUGGCAAGGUAAUAUUUGAAUUCGGCAACGAGAGGAUAAGAAGAGGGGAACGAGUCAACAAAGGGAAGGCUCAAAGCGGUUAGAUAUGGAGAGAAAAUAGCUACACGUUGAGAAACUUGGGGAAGGAGUAUUUUUGUUUAAUAAAUAUUAGUCUAGCAUCACUGUAAAACACACAUUGCAUAAUACGAAUAUACUACUACUCACUAUCGAAGUUCAUUCCUACUACUCUUACUCUGUAUUCAAGCUUUUCCAUUAAUACAUAGUUAUAUACCAUACGUAUACACUUUUAUCCCUUCG